GAUUACUAUUAGUUAACAAAAAUACAAACUGUAAUAACCUUUAGGCGUUAAAAACGAAAAGAGUUAGUAAAAAAAUUAGUAUUAUGUAAUAUGUGUAGUGAACUAAUACCAGUACCAAUGCUGUUGCAACUUGCAAUGUUAUUAACAUUGUUAAUACUUUAUAGAGUUUAGUAGCAGUAUACAAACGAUCAAUCAUUGUUUAUCGCUAAUACUAUUAGUAGUACUAAGUACUAGUUAGAUUUACUCUCCUGAUUUACGUCGACAACGUGAACUUGUAAUUAACAACAUAUUUAUUAGACAUUGCCCCAUUAAGUUAAAUAUCAAACAUUUUUAAAAUAGUUAACAUAUUUGAGUAUCUAAAGCCUAUAACUUGUAAGUGUAAUAAUAAAUUAUUUUUAUAUAGGCUUAGGCUAGGGCCUAUGUUAUUGUUGAUUAAAUUAUUAUCCUUUUUAAAAUUUUAAUUUUAUACCAAUGCAGAAUAAUUACAAUUUACACUCCAUUUUUGUUAUAGGAAGACUUAAGUUUACAAAUUAUAUCUUGGUGUUUGGGUUGAUUAGUCUCGACUUAAGCUAUUUAAGAGUGUUGCACGAGUAGUAGGACAAAUAAGAUUUUAGACUGUAUUUACAGAAAUAUUGAAUAUGAGUUUAAAGAGGUUAUAAUUUCAUUUUAACAUCACUGGUUAGGCCUCGUGGAGUAUUGUGUUCAAUCUUGGGUUCCUUACAUUAAAAAGGACAUUGAUAUAAUUAAUAUAUAAGACUACAACAUUAUUUACAAAGUACUUCAUUUGUACCAGUUGUAGUAUGAUUUAACAACCUUCAGAUUUCAAAUUCUAAUAUUUCUAUUGAUUCUAAUCUUUAUAUUAAAUGGUUAAUUUAUACUAAUAAUAAGAAAAAUGUGGUAAUUGUUUUUGUGUGGCCAUAAGAAAAAAAGGCAAACUUUUUUUUUUUAGAACAAGACACCAGAUUUGUAGUGUUAACAUCAUUAAUCAUGCUAGGGUCAGCAUAACAACUAAGAAACAAAUUUUAUUUCUUAUAUAAUGUACUAAAUACUUAAAUGCAUUGUCAUAAGUAUUGAUUCCAUCUUGUAAUUCAUAUCACAUUGGACAAAUAAUGCCAGCUUUUAGUUACAAAGUGUCUUCUACAUUUAAACCUGUGAUCUUUCAUGGGUUCACUACUUUUCCCAAUCUUAAGCAACUUACAUGAAAAAAUUUGAGACCAAAGCUAACAAUCUGCCACUUUCCAUAUGCGUGAAAAAGAGAAAAGAUAUAUAGAUGAAAUUAGUGUAGGCUAGCCAGACAAAUUUUACAUUGAAGACAGCUUUUUCAAAGGCAUCAACCCUUUUGAACAGAAAAAAGUAAAACAUUACUUUUCUUAGAUGUCCUUAUCUACAAACACAAUCAUCACCUGGCCUCAUUUCUCCACUUCAAACCUAACUAAUCUUCUGUCAAACAUAAGCAGUUGCUUCUUCAGCUAUGCAACAAAACCAAUUUAAAGAAGAAAAACAACAACAACAAAAAUGGAAAAGAUCUAUCAAGCCAAUGCUUACCCAUCAUGGUUCAUCCAAGCAACUCUAAACAGAUAGAACCACUCUGCUAAAACAGAAGAUAACUUGUGUACAUCAAGGGACCUUUUGGUCCUUUUAGAUUGUUCUUGCACAUGCACUCUUGAUAAAAGUAAAAAUUUAAACUUAGUAUUUACUUUUUUAGAAAAUCAUGAAUUCUCCCUCUUGAGUUCAUGUAAUGCACUGCCCUCCAUUACUGCCAGUGGUAACUUAUUCAAUCAGUCAAUUACUCUGUUAGAAAAAUAAAUAAAAAAGUUAACAGGAACCUAUCUCAUCCUUUCCAGAUUUUAAACUUUUGAGCUCUCAGCUUGUUAUAUUAAGAACAUAGCACAGAGAAAUCAGUGGACCUAAUCUUAUCAAUAAAAUUCCAUCUUGCCUUGUUUUCUCAAGAGAUAGUAUGUUAAAAAUCUUCUGAACUGUUUCCAGAGGAUAUGUCAGAAAUUGGAGAGUAAAGUUUACUUCAAAGUCAGUAAAACCUUAUAGAAAGAUACUCGUAAAAGUCAACAGAUUCAUAAGUAAGUGGAAAUUAUUUCUUAUACAAAGUUCCCUGUUCUUGUUAAGAUUGAAAUAUUGACGAAACUAGAAAGACUAUAGGUCAAAGCAUAAGAAACUGUUAUAUACUAAAACAUUAAAAGAAGCAUUUUUGAAAUCCAGCAGCUUGACCUCACACACAAUCAAGGCCUUGCUUAUAACAAAAAUAGAGGACAUCAGAAACCAGAGCUUUCAGACUGGAUUUUAGUUUUCCAUCAAUGACACAACCAUAGUAAUGGCAUCACACACCCAACUUGAGCUGAUGGAGUUCUCAGGAGUAUGUAAAAGUCUCAGAUCAACUGUAUGUUAAGCAGUACCAGUUUUCAUAGGGACUUCGUGAAGGUCUCAUUAAUUACAGACCAUCAUUUUGUCCACUCUUAAUGACACCAGGCAUGUUCAGUCUAUAGCAUCAUUUACAACAAGGAGCCUGUUUGUCUAUAUAGGCUAUUACAUCUACUAAACUGAACUUCAAAAAACACUAACAGCUAGCCUUUAUCAUUUAAAUAUUUAUCAAGCUUUCCUUAAUCAUUCUUAAAUUUACUUUAAAGUUGAGAUGGAAUCCUGGAGUAGUAGUAGUGAUAACUUCAGAUCCAGUAUAUAUUUAAAUGGCUAAAAAAUUUUUUAUAGAUAACAAAAUUUUCUAAGUCAGAUGUUAAUGAGAACAUACAUGGUUAAAUAUUUAGAUUUAAUAUAUUGUUUUUAAUAUUCUGAUAAUGCAAAAUACAAAGUUAACUGUAACGAAUAGAAUGGAGCUUACAUCAGUAUUUCCUGAUACUUUUUAUCACAGAUUAAUUCUAAACCUUUAUGCAUGAUUGUUCUCAGACAAAAUUGUGUCAACCUUCAAUUGGUCAAUGUUUCUUAAAAGAGGUGAUAUUUGCCCAAUUGAAUUGUUUUUUUUUUAAAUGUUGAUUUGUCUGUGAAUUUAUGGUAAGGAAAGAAUAGGAGGAACUUCCAUAUCUACAAUGUUAUAGGUACUAGUGAGAGGGUCAAACCCAAAUCUGUGUUCAAGUGUAAAAUCAUCUCGGAAUCUAACUUGUGCAUGUAAAUGAAUGUACAGGGUGUCCCAGAAGUUGGUUGCCAUUGUAACAAUAGUAAAGCAAGUAAGAUUUUAUGCUUUAUCUACAGGAAUAUUGAAUACAGGUUAAAUGAGGUUAUGCAGGACCCAAAGAUAACACUAGCAAAGCCAUUGGUGGUAUUGUUUCUGUUUUACUAGUACACAUUUCAGAGAGAAUAUUUCUAGAUUCUUACUGUCAAAUGUGAAUAAACCCUUGAUACAUGUAUUUCACUCAUUUAUAUUGCAAGAUUCUGAGUACAGAAGGCUACUGUAAUUGUGAACGAGAUUGUUUUACUCGCCGGUUUUGAACUGCAUGGCAUACCCAGGCUAAGUAUCAAGAAAUGGGGAUAAUGAGACCAUAGCUUCAUUGUGUGAUUGGAUCCAAGGUAAUUAGUAUGUGGGCUAGCUGCCUAGUCACACUAUCUAGCCUCAGAAAUGCAGUUUUGCUGGCAGCAAGAUUAUAAAUAUUGUGCCCAAAUGAUUCUUCAUUGGAGUUAAUAAUAUUAUAGAAAUUACAUAAACUAAAGAUUUUGUUUUCCAAAUUUAUAUUAAUUGAUCUAUGAUUAACACAAAUUGUAGGCCAAUUGGCUUCUAAUGCUUUGCCAGAUUUAUGUUUAAACUUUAACUGUUAAUAAUAUAAUGUUUUUUUUGUUUGUUUAGUAAAGGGUGGCCAUCAGCAGAAGCAUACUAUAGACUGUCAAUCCAGUCAUUUAUGACCUAAAUACACCAGUCUCUGCCAGAAUCAAGCAUCUUUUAACUUUUGUGAAAUAUUUAAAAUAUUAAUACUGUUACAUGAAUGAGUUUUGAUAUUUGAAAAGAAAACACGACAUACAAGAUUCACACAUGAAUAGGAUAUAUGCAUAAUUAUUAACACUUAAUACUGUAGUAUGCAGAUACUACAUACCUUACUCUCCCAUAGUGUAUAUUCUUAUUUACAAAAUCAAUGAUUUUUCUAAGUUCUCAUUUUUGAACACUAAGUUCAGUUAAGAUCCCGUAAAAUUUGAGCAUGACGUGUUUCAUUUUAUAUAUUUCUGGUCAAUGAACUUAUCUGCUAUUUCAUGCAUAAUUGCUUUGUAUUCUUAUUGACCUUGUGUAUGGAGGGUACUUAUCCAACUGUCAUAUGGAACUAAGAAAUUUUAGUGCCUGUUUUGGAUUUAUCAAUUGCACCUUGUGAUUGCAAGUUCUUGCACUUUUUUGGGAGAUUUAUUCUGACCUUUGAGAAGAGGAGACUCGUUUCUGUCCUGAAGUAGCCAAGAAUUGAUGGUGAAGCUUUAUCCAUGUGUUACCCUUUUAGCCAUAACUUCUGCUGAUUCUGUCACUUGUUAGGCCUCAUUUGUAUUCAGUCUAAGGCUCCUUACUUUAAAGAGGACAUUGAGUUGUUGAUAAAGGUUCAAAAAAGUGCUACUAGAUUGAUUCUUGGGAUGUAGGACCUGUCAUAUGAGGACAUGAUUUUGUAGAUAACCACACUGCAUAUUGAUGAACUUGUGAAGGUGAUCUGGAUUAAACAUCUAUGAAUCAUCACCUUGUGACAAGAUAGCCAGUAGGGUCAAAUAUGAGGCAGGAUGCUAGAUGAUAGUCAGCCAGUCUUGACAAAACUGACUUCAAGCAAAAAGGUGAACUUUGCAAAUCAGGUUUCAAAGACACAGGGUUUUGCUGUGUGUUCUCCUCUGACUCAUGCAGAUCAGUUGCUUGUAGAAGCAGCUAGAGAGGGAGAUAUGAAGCUGUUGUCUUCACUAAUGACCCAAAAACGGAAGGUAAAUGUGGAUGCUCGUGACAGGCGCUCAGGAAAUACUGCUCUGAUGAUUGCUUGUGCACAAGGACAUCGUGAGGUGGUGCAGUAUUUGCUUGAACAUGGUGCUAAUCCAACAUUGCACAAUUAUAGUGGCAUCAGUUCACUGAAAUUGGCCAUUACAAGUACAAUCAAAUCUUUGCUUCUGGAUAGCUGUUCGUCAACAUCAGUUGAAGACUCACUGCAGAGGGCUGCUUGGAAAGGAGAUGCUGAACAAGUGGAGAAAUUAUUAAUGAAUUUUAGCUCCAAGACAACAAAUACUCGUAUCCAAGAUUCACAGCACAAAGUACAACAUUGUGACAAAGAAGGUCUUGAUAUGUUGUUAUUGGCAGCUCAGGAUAUACAGGUAUUUGAGGAGCUUUAUCAACAAGGGAUAAUUGAAGAAUACUCUCCUACUGAUGUAGUAUGGAAGCUGUUACAGGCUGGUUGGGAUGUAAAUUACCAGGAUAAACAGGGUAGGACAGCACUUCAUUAUUGUGCUGUGCAGUCAUCACCCAUUGCUACAGAAGUAAUAAAAAUUCUUAUUCAACAUCAUGCUAACCCAGACAUAGCUGAUAAACAGAGCUUUACCCCUCUUCACUUUGUUGCCAGAAGUGGGUCAGCAGAGGCUCUUAUGGAGCUACUGAAUGCUGGAGCAAGUGUAAACAUCAAAGGUUUAGCCAAUCAGAUCCCACUUCACCUGGCUGCAAGCUCUGGAAAUGUCACCUGUAUAUCAGUGCUGCUAAGUAGAGGAGCUGAUAUUACAGCUAUAACAAAUGAGGGAAAAUCUCCAAUUCAUUGUGCUGCAAACAACCAAGUAUUUGAAUUGCUCAAAGAAGCUCUUGAAUCAGUAAUGAUAGAAAAGGCAGAAAAGAUGCGGCUUAUCCCCCUGCAAGGAUUAAGUUGUCAGGCAGGUAUGAGAUACAGUGGCUGUGAACCUCAUACUAAUAAACUUGGAAAUAGAUUAUCUUCAUCCUUUAAAGAGAUUAAAAGCAAAAGAGAGAUUCAUUCCAAGUCCAACCCUGGCUCACCAACAAGAGCUGUUAAAGGUAUCCAACUUCAUCGAACUAGUGAACAGAAUGAGAACACACUCUGUGAAAGAAUUAUCAAUCUACAGAUAUCAGGAAAGAAAUGUAUCUCUUAUUAUUCAGCCCCUAAGAAAAUAGAUGAUGAAGGUGGCUUAAAAAAAGCACAAGUUCUUCAGGAAGCUUCGACUCUGAAACAAGCCAAUCCUGUUGAGGUGCUACCUGAUAUUAAAAGUUCUUUUAAAUGCACCAUACCUACUUUGGUACCUCUUAAUUCUUCCCCACCACGACAGAUAAAAUCAGUGAGUGGGCUAAUUUCAAGAACUAAGGAGAGCCAUCCUAAAGUGGCUGAUAAUGCUGAGAAAAAUGUAAUCUGUAGAAAUAGAAGUCAAAGUUGGGAUUCAAACUCGUUAGUUUUUGAUCCAAUAAAUCCUGUUCAAGAUAUUAGACCAAUCAUCAGGAGAGAAUCAAGGAGAUUCAGUGCAGCUGAUGUGUUGAUUAAGAUGAGAGAAAGUAAUCAAAAAAUCAAAAGUGACCUCAAAGUUAAAGAUAAUCUAAUGUGUGAUGGGCUUCAGCCAUUAGAAGAGAAGAGAGAAAAAUUAUACCUCUUUAGCAAUCAUGAAGUUUCAACUGUGGAAGAUCCCAUUAUAUUCACAACUGAACAAGAACCCCAACAGAAUUUCAGUUCCAACAUAGUAGAAUCUAGUGUGUUGUCAGCAUCAUCAUCAUUGAAGCAUCAGUAUUUAUCCCAAAGAAAAUAUAAAAAUGGGAAGAUGCAAAAAGAAAAAAUAUUAAACUGUGUUCCGACAAAAAAUAUUCCUUUCUGUAGUAAGGAAGAAAAGAAUAAAAAAUUUCAAGUUUCAGUGCAAAAAGAGUGUUCAUCCUUGGUGUCUUCUAAUAAUACUUCACAAUAUGGAGUCCAGGAGUCAUUAAUUGUUUGUGGUGAAAAUGUAAAUGGUUUACAGGACAAUUCUCAUGCCAUUAACAAUGGAAUACCUUUGGUGGCUCAGGGAAGUACCAUUAACAAUGGAAUACCUUUGAUGUCUCAGGGAAGUAGCAAAGGUCCAGGUACUGCUAAAUGCAAGUCCAACAAAGAGCAAGAAAUUAGAAAAGCAAAAACAGCCUCUCCUUAUUCAGUUAGUGUAAAACUUGUAAAACAAGAAAGAAAAUCCAGAUCAGCAAAGUGUUCAAAUGAGAGACAAAAUAAUGUACUAACAUUACUAAGGGGUCAUUCACUUUCUCUCAUUCCAUGUGUGAUUAAAAAAAUGCAGAAACAGCCUAAAGUUUUAAAUAGCAAUACACCACAUUUUUCAAAGAGAGCCUUAAUGAACAAAAUUUCCAAGAAAGAACCAUGUAUUAGCACGAAUAUAAUUUUAAAUGCUCAGAAUCAGUGCAUUAGAAAAAAACAUUUAACAGACUCAUUAUCUCUUUUAGAAUCACAAAAGACAAAUAUUUGUGAUGGUCAAAAUCCAAUUGUCACCACUAAAAUAAUAGCAAGUACUAAAUAUUCCACAUCCUCUUCUACUUCCAAAUUUGCAAAGAAGGAAACUACCGAUAAAGAUGAUGACAGAGACAGUGCAUCACAAAUGUCUUCAUCAUCAUGGGUUUAUGUUCAAACACAGAAUCCACAUCACUCUAAUGGAGAACAGCAACAUUCAAGUGAACAAUCUCAAGGUGAUUUAAAGCAAGUGCCCUUCAGUGUUGAUGAGUAUAACAGUAAUACAAGGGGUCAACCAAUUUCGAAAUUUAAUGGCAUGUUUUGUGAUAAAACAACCAACAUUUCCAUUGUACAUCAAGAAAAAAUGGACCAUGGAUGCUCAAAUGAGAAUAUCCCAAAAUACUGUGAUAAUUUAGAACAUAAAAAACCCGAACACACUGGAGUUGAACAAACUUCCUCAGCAGGAAACACUAGAGUAUCAGAUGGACAAUGUGGUUCAGAACUUAAUUGUCUGGACUGUUCUGAUGACAGCUCUGGAAUGGAAGGGGAAAGAUUGAACAUGUCACCAAGCCUAAGAACAGAGAGUGAAAUGACCUUAGAGUGGUCAGAUGAGAUGGCUUCACCAAGUGAAAGUGAAUGUUUGAGUUCGAUUUCACUGUCGGCACUAGUCCUCUUUGUCUGGUGUGGUCUGACUGAUACAGGAGACCUUAUAGCUGUUAAGCAGGUCAAGUUAGAACAGACUGACCAGCAGUUAGCAGCAGCAGAAUACCAAGCCAUACAACAAGAGGUGGAAUUGUUAAGGACGUUACAGCAUAAAAAUAUUGUUAGUUACCUUGGAACUCGUUUAGAUGGUGAAACCAUUAAUAUCUUCAUGCAAUAUGUUCCUGGAGGCUCAAUUGCCACCAAUCUAUCUCAGUUUGGAGCAUUCUCCGAAUCUGUAAUAAGACAUUAUACAAGUCAAACACUUGAGGCUGUUGCUUACCUUCAUGGUAAUGGUGUAGUACAUCGAGACAUAAAGGGGGCUAACAUUAUGGUGAUGCCUAAUGACCCUUGUGGAUUAAUUAAGCUUAUUGACUUCGGAUGUGCCAAGAAUAUCUGCAUGGGUUUCGGUGCAGAUGACAGACAGAUUCGUUCAGUAAAAGGAACACCUUAUUGGAUGGCACCUGAAAUUUUGCAAGAGAAAGAGUGUUCACACAAAUCAGACAUUUGGAGCAUUGGCUGCACUGUCCUAGAAAUGGCAACCACUAAGCCUCCUUGGAGUGAACUUCCACCAUUAUCUGCAGCUUAUGUCAUUGGCCAAGGCACAAGGGAACCAUCAAUACCAAAAAACUUAAGUCAAGAAGCACAGGAUUUUAUUCAUUGCUGUCUGACUAGAAAUAUUGAAGAGAGACCAUCAGCAGAAGAAUUAUCACAUCAUCUGUUCAUGACACCUGAUGUACGAAAAGCUCUUUUUACUCAUUCUUGAAGUUGCAUGGAAUUUUAAAUAGAGGUGGAAUUUCAAAGAUCUAAGAUGGUGAGAUGAUAGCACAGGGUGCAGUGAGACUUAAACUAGUGAAUUACAAUGGAAGCUUGUGUCCUUUUUUUGGCCAAGGAUGACUUUACAGUGAGACUACUCCAAGAUCCCUUCAGGGAGUCCAAGCUUUCAAGUCUGUUUUUAAAAAUAUAUUGCUCCUUCUCCAGAUGUAUGUUAGCCUGUCUGAACUGUUUUUAAAUACCUUUUCUUGGAAAUACAGUAAUGUUUCCUUACUUGUAAAAAGCUAGUUUAUUUUUUAUUUAAAUACAUAUGUUGUUGUUUUUUUAUGUACCAUAGAGCAUGAGCAAAGCUCAUUGUUAACCACAUUUAAUCUUUCUGUUUAGGUAGAUAUUGAGAAAUAUGGUGCUUGGAUAUUCUAAAACUGUUUACAGAAAAGAUAACUAACUAAUGAUAUGUAUUAUUCCUAAAUAUAUAUGUACAAAAGAACUAGAAGACAAUUACCUUUAAGAUUAGCAACUAAAACAUGGCAUAGUGUGAUAUCCACUUUGUGUGGUGGUUUUCUUAAAGGUUUAUUACACCAAUAUUAUUGGCUGAAAAUGAAAUGUUUCAAAUUGUAUGUUUCAUUGAUUUUUUUUUGCAGAAAUAACAUACUCAAAUUUUGUCCGUGUUGUUUUUUAUUUUUUUGUUAGCCAGCAAUGUAGUAGAAUGGUGUUGAACUUUAGCAUAACAUUUUUGUUCAAAAAAUUAAAGCUGCUUAUUGUAUAUUUUGUACAGCAUAAGAAUUAUAACAAGUAUAAUAAUCCCUAUGUAUAUAUAUAACUCUUUUGAAAUUCAAGUCACAAGUAAGUUUUUAAUGAAGAGAUUAUUAAAAGCUUAUGUUGAAGGAGGAUUUACUAUGGCCACUUUAACAACCAACUUUCUUUUCAUAAACGACUCUACCAGAUUUAAGCAUAUAAUAUUCAUUAAUGUGAGAUUUUCUUCAACCAGAUCUUAGAAACUUUUUUCUGUUGUAGAACUCCUGAUACAAACAUACCUGGCAGCUUUUUUUGUAAUAUUUUAAACUACAUAAACAUCAACAGUUCCUAAAUUUUGAACUGUUAGAUGGCAAUAACACAUUAAAUUGAUUGCACAAGACUUUGAAGAUGCUUUUCCAAAUACCAAAUUCUUUGGAGAGUGAGAUAAAAUUGGUAUUUAAAAAGAUUUUUUUUAGAAUUUUAAUAAACAACCAUGUUUAUAAAAGAAUGAAAUGGUUAUGUAUACAAAUGAAACUUUUGCUGUCCUUUUUUUUUAUUUGAGGAGUUAAUUUCAUGUUGUGAUUACAAGGGGUGUAAUAAUAAAGUAUACCUGUCAUUGUUUAUGUUUGUAUGUCCCCCCUCAUACAUUGAGGGGGGAACUACUUAAUAUUAAAGUUCAAAAGCAAUAAAAAAAGCUUAAACAAAUAUACAUCAUAAUAAUUUCACAGAACCAUAAGUAUUUAUUCAAUUAUUUUAUUAGAGAUUUAUAUAGAACUUCAGCCCUUUUGUUACGAUGUUUUAUUAAAAUGUUUGCGCAGUUAGUGUGCACAAACAUAUGCUUACAAAUAAAACUGUAUUAAAACUGGUAGCAAUAAUUACUAACGGUUUAGAAAUUUUAGCCAAGUAUAGAUGUCCUGUUUCGCUAGAGCGAGGAGAGCAAUGUCAAGUGAUAUUUCCAGUAUUUUUUUUCCAUUAUUAUAUAAUUAUAGUAUAUAACCUAGUAAUGAAAAAAGAAGACAUACAGUAUUUUAAAAACGUUACACCUUCAAUCAGCAUGAAUUUUAUUUUACAUAUACAAGUAUUUGUUUGAAGUAACGUAACCGUUCUGAGUAAAACUGGUUUUAGUAUUUGUCACAAACUUGCAUAAGUGAUUCUGAUAAGAUACAAGUUCUUAUAAAUACGGUUCUAAUUUAAUUUAUUCUGUGUUGCUCAAAAAUGACAGUCGCCAACUAAAAUUUUUUACUAGUGAGCUGAUGUUUUGUAUUGGUGGUUAGUGUGAAAACUGAAUCUGUCCAAUUUAUUCCCUUCAGUUGGUCUGGCUAUAGUCAUGUAGGAAUACUUGAAAUAUUCAUAUUACUCCUACUUAAGGAUUCUCUGUUAAAUCACAUCAUGGAAUGUUUUUACUUGUGGUUACCAACUUGUCUCUACAAAGCAGUCAAGAUUUUUUCCUCCUCUUGUUUGAUGGAUGAAAAUUUUAAUUAACUUAAACUAAUGAAGCCCUUUAGCAAAAUAACUGGUUAUACAGUUCCUCAGAUAUGUUUCGACUUCUUUUUUUUUUUUUUACCCAAGUUUUUUAGCAGAGGAUUGUAAUUUCUUAAUACAAUAGCUCUUAGUACGAAUUUUGUACUGUUCCUUACUUUAGGAAUUUUAGAACAUUCUUUUUAAUGGUCUCUGUGUCUAGUUUACUGUGUCAUCCUGAUCAACUGGAUGUAUAGAUUAUUUAAAUCGUGGCUCUAGAUAUUUCACAAAUCUGCACUUAUUCCAGCUUUCUAUAUUUACUGUAUUAUCAAUUGGUUUCUAAAGUAUAUGUGGAAAAUUUCUUACUGAAACAUUAUACAGAUAUAGUUAGAAAACCAAAACAAUUUAAUAUCAUCAGGAAGGAUAUGAUAAUUAUAGUUAUGUAAGCUAUAAAAGUCAAGCCUAAAGACAUACAGCAGGAAGGACAAUACAAACAAUAAUACCAUGUUACAAAUUAUAAUGCAGUAGCAUCUUGGUUUAGUGGUACUUGAAAAAGUAGGACCUACAAAGUAGUAGGGAUACACCAUCUACCAGAAUUAACCUCAAAUUGCAUACCUCACUUAUUAAAAAAAAAUAAGUGCUCAAGCUAAUAACAUAUCAUUUAUACCCUCUUUCACUGUCUGUAGCCAAUUGUGGGAAGAUGGCUGCUUCGAAAAAAUAAAAAAACAAGCAUGUUAAUAAAAUAGCCCAGUAAAUGUUGAUAAGUAUAACUUAUCCCUUGACAUAAGCGUUCCAACCCCCAAAAUGGUGAAGUAGUUAGUCAUACUGUAAGCAACUACUAAUGAAUGAUUGAUGUUGAGGUUCAAAAUUAUACUAUACUUAAAUGUAUUAAAAUAUUUUCAGCCAAGGUUUUCAAUAGCAUCACCCCAUCCUCUACACUUAAUAGCCUACUGUUAACUAGGACAGCUCAGGUGAACUGUUUUAUGAAAGUUUUUCUGACCACAUUUAAUUAAAAGACACUAAUAUAUAUAUAUAUAUGUGUGUGAAAUAAUAAAGUAAGAUACAUUUAAUGUCACUGAUAAAAUUCACUAAAUAUUAGUUUAGUAACUAAAACUUAAUUGUUAGAUAUAUCUUUGCAACUGUGAUAAAUAGUUUUACCUAGAGCUGAAGAAAUAUUACUACAAGGAGAGGAAAGUCCAUAAAUUCGAAAAUUAUACUAAAAAUAUCAAUAUUACAAAGAAACGUAAGAAAUCUAAAUAAUGAGCUUCAAUUUCAGAAAUAAAGUAUAAUUUGCUCUAUUUACAGAUUGCUGUGACAAAUUAUAACUAAAUUAUUUAAAGUAAUCAUAUCAUUGUAUUUAUGCAUAAAUAUAAAUUAGCAAUACAUGAUGUGAUGAGUAAUUAGCAUAUAUUUUUACAUUCUUACUAAGCAUCCACCUUCUCGCAAUGGCUGUAGACAGUGAAAGCUGGCAGUGUUGGACAUAGUGUCCUUUAGCACUCACAUGUGCAUCUUUUCUUUUGGUAAAAGGAGAGGCAUGUGAAUUGAGGUUAAUUCUGGUUAACCGUUUUUUUUCACUGUAUCUUAUAAUUUCCUACUGUUAUCGUAACUGGAUGUUAUAGGUUGUGGCAUCCUUCCUUUUCAUAGUUUACAUAUAUACAGUUUUCUCUGGCAUCAGGAGCAAGGGAGAUGAGUCAUUAUUAACAACAAACUGUUGUGUAUUAAAAGCUUGUAUAUUCCUCAAUACUCUGAACCUUAUAAAGCAGAAUGUUACACUUGAGAGUUGUUGUUAGAAAAAGUUCUCAAAUAUUGUAUGAAUUUUUAUUAAUCACAAUUCAUGUGUGUUGUUUAUCAGACAAAUGUACUUCACUCAAUUAAGCCAAGUACUACAAAAUAGUUUACAAGAAAAAAAAGGUAAUAAGGGUAUUUGGAUUAAUACAUUAUUUUUGUAUGCAAAUCAUUAUUGGAAUUGAGAGUUGCUUGUUUGAAUUCUGAGGUUAAAACUAUUUUUUUAUAUUUUGCAUUUUGUAAAUUUGCAAAUUAUUAAAGUUCAUUUUGAAAAAAAUAUUUACAUAUGUUUAAGUGAUACACAUUUACCCUAGAAGUGUUCUUGGUGCAUAACUUAAUAAACGGAUGUGUCAAUAAAUACAAAUGUACAAUCGAA